AUGCUUCCAACGUUCAUGCCUGUCGCAACUCAAGCAGCGAUAAAGGGCUUGACCGCACAUCAAGUUGAAGCACUUGGGGUGUCACUGAUUUUGAAUAACACGUAUCACCUCAACCUGAGACCUGGAAUUCAAGUUCUUAAAGAAGCCGGCGGUGCGCACGAGUUUCAAGGAUGGAGACAUAAUCUGCUAACCGAUAGUGGCGGGUUCCAGCUAGUGUCAUUGAAUAAAUUCACGAAAAUCACCGAAGAAGGCGCUCUAUUUGCAAGCCCGUUCACGAGCGAACCAACAAUGCUCACACCAGAAGAGAGCAUUUCAAUACAACAUGCUAUCGGAUCUGAUAUCAUGAUGCAGUUAGACGAUGUUGGCCCUCGUGUAGGCGAAGCAAUGUGGAGAACCAUCCGGUGGCUUGAUCGAUGCAUAGAAUUUCAUGAAAAGUCCGGAAAGAGACAUCAAAAUCUUUUUGCUAUAGUCCAGGGAGGGAUAGACCACGAGCUACGCGAUCAAUGCCUAGAGGAGAUGAUCAAGAGGAAGGAUCGCGUUGCCGGGUACGCUAUUGGUGGCCUUAGUGGUGGAGAAGAAAAGGAUAUCUUCUGGAGAGUGAUCAAGCAAUGUGCAGAAAAAUUGCCUGAGGAUCGACCUCGAUAUUCCAUGGGUAUUGGAUUCGCUGAAGAUCUUUUGGUCUGCGUAGCUCUGGGAGUUGAUAUGGCGGACUGCGUCUUCCCAACGCGAACGGCACGUUUUGGCGUCGCAUUGACUUUCCAGGGUCCACUCAAUCUACGUUUAAGCAAACAUGCAGAGGAUAUGCGCCCUGUAGACGAAAACUGCCCCUGUCCAACAUGCGCGGACGGUACAAGUCGGGCGAUGUUGCAUCAUAUUAUCACGAUAGAGACUGCAGGAGCACACGCGGUCACACAACACAAUAUUGUCUUCCAAGCCCGAGUUAUGGGUGGUGCUCGAGAAGCAAUCAUAGGUGGGACUUUCCCGGCAUACCUGAAGAGAUUUUUCGCGAGUUAUUUCGGAGAUGCCGGAUACCCCGAAUGGUGCGUGAACGCUCUCAGGAGCGUCGGAGUAGACUUGCUAGCAGACAAACCUGAUGUACAAGUCAUUCCGGGUGACGGUGCGAAAUGGGAAUAUUCGGACACUACAUAG